AUUGAUGGGUUGAUUUGCCUCCGCCUUUCCAGCUUCCUCUAAACCAGACACGCAUACGGCGUUGCUUGCCGCCAAGUACUCGGGUUGCUCUUGCUUCCUCAAUAGAAGCCGUGCAAAUGCUGAUACGACGGUUACCUGUGAUGAUGAUAUCGCUCACUACGGCUCUUUCAUGGCGGCAUCCACCUUUCACCUUCUUCCGGACGCAAACUGACCUUAUUUCCCUGAAAUCAGUCUCCGCCUCCCCUAGAAUUGCCCCGCUUUCCUUCUGUUAUAGCUCUCAAAUUUCUCCCGAACUCACAGGUUCAAUCUCCGAAGACUCGUCAAAACGUGGACCUUUGAAACCUGGUUUAUAUUUAGUAGGAACUCCGAUUGGAAACCUUGAAGAUAUCACCUUGAGGGCUCUCCGUGUAUUAAAAUCUGCGCAUGUGAUACUUUCAGAAGACACAAGGCAUUCGGGGAAGUUACUUCAGUAUUACAAUAUUAGAACUCCUCUUCUGAGUUAUCACAAAUUCAAUGAGUCUCAACGAGAAUUGACGGUGUUAAAGAGGUUAAAACAGGGUGAGAUUGUGGCUCUGAUCAGUGAUGCAGGGAUGCCAGGCAUUAGUGAUCCUGGUGCAGAAUUGGCAAAGUUAUGUGUGGAUGAAAAUAUUCCUGUUAUUCCUAUUCCUGGACCUUCAGCUUUAGUAGCUGCUCUUUCUGCCUCAGGCUUAGCUACAGAUGAGUUCACAUUUGUUGGAUUUCUUUCUAAGCAUUCCAGAUCAAGGAGAGAGAGGUUGAUGGCUUCUGCAGAUGAAGCAAGAACCCAAAUAUUUUAUGUUCCUCCUCAUAAGUUUUCUCAGUUUCUAGAAGAGACCUCAUCCCUCUUUGGUGACUCAAGACAAUGUGUCAUGGCACGGGAAAUUACCAAAAUACAUGAAGAGUUUUGGCGAGGUACUCUGGGGGAGGCAAAAGAAAUAUUUUCAGAUCACCAACCCAAGGGUGAGAUCACGCUGUUGAUAGAAGGCAAGAUGAAUAGCUUGGUUGAACCUCCAUCUGAGAGUCAGCUUGAGAAUGAAUUGAGAGACCUGAUCUCAACCGGGCACAGUCUAUCUAUGGCAGUCAAAAUGGUGGCUGAAAAAACAUCAGUCAGGAGGAAAACUAUAUAUUCGCUUGCAUUGAGGAAAUUGGGGAAGCAGCUUGAAGAAGAGGAUAGUUCAAAUUGAUUUGUAGCAUUAUCGGAGUGGGAUAAAAGGUAGAUUACAUCUCUCGGAAUUUGUUGAGCUUCUUUUUUUCUUAAUAUCUUUACUAUCAGAGGGGUAUAAAAGGUACAUCACUUGGAUUUUGUUGAGUUUGCUUCACUUUUCUUAAUAUCUUCUGCAAUUGUAUUCUCAACAUAUGCAACUGUACUUGAAGAAACGCCAUAUGCAGCACUAAUGGCAAUUUUGCAUCAGCUAUUGCUUUAGGAGUUGGUAGGGGUGCCGUUGUUGGUGCAAAAGAAAACAAUAUGUUUUGCUCUGUGAAUCAUCCUGCGGCUAUUUCGGUAGCCUGUGUGGCUAUCUUAGACAAGAUAUAAGCUUUUUAGAUGAAAAACAAACAGAGAUUGCAAGAGAAUAACAUGAGGACACUGGGAUUAAAAGUGCAGUGUGUGUUAACUGGCAGUUUUGGUUUAUGGCUGCUCAAUGUCAAGCUCUUUACUGAUGGGUGAUUUUGUCCAACCUUGUACCGAACAAAAUGAGAUCAAGUGAUCAAUCAGCAAUUUAUGAUUGAACUUUUACCA